UCCUCCUUCCACCUCCGCCUUCCCCCACCUCUUCACCGCCGACGGCCUCCUCCCCCUUCCUAAACCCCUCCGCGGAAACCCCUUUCCCCGCGCCAUGCGGUCCCUCGCGCGCCCGCCGAGGCCGCCCAAGCCCCUGCCCCCGCUCGCCGCCUUCGUCCAGUCCAUGGGGUACGUGGAGGUGAAGAUGCGGUGGAAGAAGGACGCGUCCUUCGACGCCGUCCCGGUGCUCGCGCACGCGCGGGACCUCCGCCCGCUCGCCGCCCUCGCGCGCCUCCUCUCCCCGUCGCCGACCCCCGUCUCCGCGGUCUCCAAGCUCCGCCGCUCGCUCGAGACCUCCGACCGCCGCGUCGCCUCCUUCCUGCGCCGCUUCCCCGCGGCCUUCGUCGAGUCCGUCGGGCCCGAGCACAACCACCCAUGGUUCCGCCUCUCCCCCUCCGCCGCGCGCCUCCAGCAGGAGGAGCGGGACGUCUUCGCCGCCCACCGCGCCGACAUCACCUCCCGCCUUCGCCGCCUCAUCCUCAUGUCCCCGGCCCGCCGCCUCCCGCUCACCGUCGCGCAGGGCAUGCUCUGGCACCUCGGCAUCCCGGAGGACUACUUCAAGCGCCCGGAUUUCGACAUUGGGCAGGAUGGGUUCAGGAUUCUGACCACUGGAGAUGCUGUUUUUUCCGAGGAUGAGAACCAUGGUAAGGAGCUGGGGCUCAUCGAUGAUGGGAAAGAUCAAGAAAUGCCACUGUCGGUGCUUCAAAUGGGUGCCAUACGGAGGUUCGGAUCGGCGGAGGAGGUGCCCUUCCCGCUGUUCCCGUCCAAGGGUCUUCGGCUGAAGCGGAAGAUUGGAGACUGGAUGGAGGGAUUCCAGAAGCUGCCUUGUAUCUCUCCCUAUGAGGACUUCAGCAACAUUCAUCGGGGUAGCGAUGUUUCAGAGAAGCGGGCGGUUGGGGUGCUCCAUGAGCUGUUCAGUCUGUUUGUGACAUGCUCUGCCGAGAGGCGACGGUUACUCUGCCUCAGGACACACCUGGGGCUGUCACAGAAGUUUCACCUGGUGUUUGAGCGGCACCCGCAUAUAUUCUACUUACUGUUGAAGGAGAAAACGUGCUUUGUUGUCCUCAAAGAGGCAUACAUGGCUGGGGGACACACAUCAAUUGAGGAGCACCCCAUGCUGGAGGUGCGGAGCAAGUAUGCCAGGUUGAUGCAGGAGUCACAGGAGAUCAUAAGGCGGCGGCGAAGCGGGAAGCCUGCACAGUUGGAUCCUGAGGAUCAAGAGAGUGAGGGUUCGAAGGGUGUAAAUUCAGCUGCAAUCCCUUCAUAGGAUGUUAAUUAUUUUUGACUGAUCAGAAAAUAAGGAAAUGGGCAAUACGGCUUUUUACGGAUUUUUGCAACAAAAAUGAGGGGGCUUUACCCUUGGAAGCAGCAAAUUUGCAUGCAAAUAAAGGAGUUGUGCGCCUAUGCAAAGAGGUUGGUGCAGUAUCUAUGAUUUACCGUGUUCAUCUAGAGGUUCUAGAUUAGUUGACUGACACUUGGUGAUAGCUUUAGUCCAAAUUUCUUCUGGUAGAUGUCGAGUGAGGUGAUACAUGACGCAAUAUGCUUGGCGAAUGACUUUUACUUGUUCACUGGAUGCUGUUGUGACUUUCCAAUGUAUUUCGUGAACAUCUUUUCUUCCUGCUUACAAGUGAAAACUAACAACAGAAAGUGUACAAGUGCUAUUCUUGAUUGGGAAACCAUUUAGGAAAACGCCGCAACAUCUACUGGCAAAUAACAGGCAAGAUAUUUUCUUAAUAUUAAUUAAGCGUCAACCGUUUAAAUGCUUGGUGUCGAAACUUUAAGGGAAAAAUAAAUAUGUUUCUUGAUCAUAUUACGUUGGUAUGUGCAGAAUAAAUAAAUUAUUGAUGAUAUAAUAGAAGUUGCUGCCUUCUAAGGUGUAGUUUUGGUGUGUGGCCCUGUGUUGUUGUUUGGGGUAAGGCGAACUCGUCAUAUCUGACAAAAACAUAUAUAAAGAUCUGAGUUGGUGGUGGUCCAUUCACCCUCAGAGAUUGCCUCUUAAGUCAGCAAGAAAUUAGUUACUGCAAUUAUCAUACAUUCUAUGUGGCAGACAUAUCGUGAUCUCAUAUUUAGUUGUUGAUUUGGUUGAUGCAUACCUCUUUUUUUUACCUGCACAAAGUUAGAGACUACGAUGACAGAAACGUUUAACCAACUCAUGCAAUAAAAAAACUUCUUAGCAAUGCACGAGCAUAUAUUAUCUGUAGCAUUGCACGAGUAUUUAGCUAGUGCAACAAAACAUUGCUGUUAUGCUUCUUAGCAGAGGUUUUUUUUUGCAGAAGUUGACGAAUAACCAAGCAGGUGAAAUUAGUCUGGUGAAAGCUACCAUCUUAGACAUGCAUGAAUUACUAUAGCUUUGUUCUAUAGUUAGUUACUUACUUUCCACAUAUAAAAUUUACUAAGAUUAUGUGCGCUAGGAUAGGUAAAAUCGGCUGAAUGGGCUGCGAAUUUGGCUGGUGGUUGGAUCACAGUACUAUCUCACCAUAGGUUUUGCUUUUUAUCUUUUCAUUGACGCUUCAGUAUUCUGCAAGUUAUCUUUUGAGGAGUUGCUAUGAAACACUAUACUAUUGAUUUUACAGAUGAUAGUGAUAGGGUCCUCACGUUAUACCUUCAAGAUCAUCAUAGUAAUUUUAACAAUUUUAGUCAUAUAAUUCAAUAUAUUAUUAUCCUAUAUUUUGUUGUAUGUGUAUAAUUGGACCGCUAGUUACAUGCGGUUGGUGCCGCAUUUAAUUAUUCACUGAGAAAUGCUAUAUAUGGGUUAUGUGAUAGAGGCGUAAAGUUGCAAAAUCCAUCACAAGGCACCUAUUUUUGAGAAGUGAACCACGUAGUUGGCACUUGGCAGCAUGGAGUCUAUCAUUGUACGUUCCAAUGAUCUGUUGCUGGACAAGUAUGAGAACUGGAUAUGUUUAUUGGUACUUCCGUAUCAGAGUAUUUAUGUCUACUCUCUACUAGAUGAACAUCUACACGUACGACCAUCAGUUCUGCUGUGGCAGUUGUACAUAUUUGAUACAAAGCUAAUGAAUUGCCAAAAGUGAGAUAUUUCUUAUCGGCUUGUGCGAUGUUCAUCUAAUGGUUGUUAUUAGGGUGCUUCUCUUUGGCUGUGGUUUCUGAAUCAGCAUUAGGUGCCCGGUUAUGUGCUCCAGGGAAGAUGUUCCUUGAUGGGGCUCACCUUACCAAGGAAGAUCAUUGCCCUGUGCCCAGUUAUGUAAAACGGCUGGCAGGUCCUCCACUCAUAUUAGCAAAUUCUGCUCCAGAUGUUGCAUAGAGGAGGAUGAUCUUCACCUCUUUUUUCUAUGCCACUUCGCAAAGGCUGCUUGGUUCUCACAUCCUUUGUUUCUAAGAUCAAAAGGCUUAGUACAGAACUCUAGAACUGUUCGCAUAGAGAAGGAUGAUCUUCACUUCUUUUUCCUAUGCCACUUUGCUAAGGUUGAUUGGUUCUCACAUCCUUGGUUUCUAAGGUCAGAUAGCUUAGUACAAAAAAUUAGAACUGUUCCUGAGAUCAUUCAUAGCCUGCUUACGUCUGAUCAUCCACGUGUUUCCGUUAGCAGCAUUUUAACUUUUAUGUGGUGUAUUUCGAAGUCCAAUGAUCUCUUUGCAGGAAAGCAGGAUCUCCUUUUCAGGUUGUUCAUGCAGCACAAGCAAUUCACAUUGCUUAUCCCCUGAAACCCAAGCAGAUGCCAUGGCUCAACGGAGCAGUGCAAGUUCGUCUUCGGGUCUCUGUUAGGCAGAAAAGUUAGAGCAUUUUCAGAUACCCAUGAAGGUUAAUUUCCCAUGCUGUAGGGGAGCAGCUUAAGUAGGAGCUUGAUUUUCGGUUGUUUGCUUUGUAUUUCAGCCGGGAAACGUGUAGUAGCUGGAGUCUUGCAGUUAGUUUUUGUAUUGUAGUUGUGCCUGUGCUGGUGCCUUUCUGUAGUAGCUGGAGUUGGCUCGUUUAUGCUGGUGAUGCACUGUAAUUUGCUGAAGGAUACUGUUUUAUCAGUUAUUACAAUGAAUGGAAAUUGGGGACAAUGCUCCUUAAUUCGAAAAAAAAGAUAUCCAUGAAGUAUAGUUGAAAACAUGCAAGAGAUAGAUUGUCCAUUA